UUUGUCGGGCCUCCAUUCUCCUUCUCCACACAGCCUUCUUCUCUCUUUUGUCCAGCUUCCUGUCCUUUGUUGUUGUGCUCUUGUCUUUCUCAUCUCCAUCAUAGUUCUUGUCUUCUAUCAAAUACCGUCGUUUUUAGAAUGUCGCUCGCUCCCUUGCCUCGACGCGCUCUGGCAGACAUCUCCUCAAACAUCGCCUCGUCGCCUUCCAAAUCGCCUACAAAGCGCGUCAUUGUUCGCGCCGACGAAGUCACAGUAGCGGACGAGGAGGACUCCGCCGAUGUUUCUGCAUUGAAGAGCAGUCCUCAACGCGAGACCGUUGUCGCGACUACGCGCGCGUCUCCCGCCGCUGUUGUGAAGCCCAAUUGCCUUCAGCACGCGAACCGGCUUAGACUGCGCCUUCGCCUCGCGUAUUACAAGGUCAAGCACCAUCAGAUCUCCACCCCUCUCAGCGAUCUCUGCGUCCUCGAGGCCGCACCUCAGAUCACAUCUAUGCGCACGCUGUCUGCUGAUAGUGGGUCUGUUGGACAGUCAUGCGUGCAGAAAUACUAUAACUACAAGGCCUGGAACCAUGCCUCCUCCAGCAGUGGUAGUCACAACAACAAGAACAACAACUCUCGAAGGGCAUCCUCACACAAUAUCAACAAAUCUCGCUCUCAUGCCAGUGCAUCUGGUGACGCUUACAGCAACUUUCGCACCUCUUCUUAUACCUCCCAAGCUUCUCUCCACAGCCACGUCUCCGACAGCGUCAACCAUCCUUCUCUCCCUACCUUUGGUUCCGCCUCUCGCUCUUACUCAUACAGCGCCCCUCCUCCUCCCCCUCUAGCACGACCACCACCCAUCUCAGCCGCUACCGCAAAACUUCAAAGCUACCCUGCGGUUCUCUCAGAAUCUGCCAAGAAGCUCGCUGCUCAGGGCGACUUCCGUCCUCAUCUACCGCGCAAACGUGCCAGCGGAACUUUCAUCCAUUAUGACGCGACCGACGACAAACGCGCAGGCCGGGGGAAAAAGCGCAUGGCCAAGCGGAAGGCCAGCGAGCCUACCAUUUCGUUUUCUCGUGACACCAUGAAGCGCACUCGCGCGUCGACUGUCGGUGACGCGACCAACGCGCGUCCUCCUACCGCUGGCACAUUCAAGUCAACUUCGCUCAUAGUCACUCCCGCCAAGAAGCGCUACAGUCUGCCUGUGUCUGGCGCGGUGGGAAAGCUUGCAGAGGCAGCUUCUCUUGCUGCGGCAGCUAGUGUAAACGCGACCACAACGUCUCACGGCCAGUUCAGCAGCCCGCUGAAGAGCAACAUUCCCAGCUCGUCGAUCAAGGGAACCCCUGGUCAGCUCGGUGCCGCGCGCAGUCUGCUUGAUCUGGGAUUAUUUUGAACGGGGACUAAAUGAGCUCUACCAUAUUCAGCGAUUUUUCAUCAUAUUCUUUUAGUGUUUUUAUUUGUGUCAGUCAGUACCGCAGCAUUUGUGAUCAUGUUAUUUUCCUAUCUUUUUCAACUGUAUCGAUCCCUCCACACAGUGUAUGUAUUGUAUUUUUGAUUUGUAGGAUAUAUUUUUGAU